AUGACGAGCAAAAAUUCUGUAAUACAAAUUUAUUUAUUUUUAAUUAAUUUAAUAUUUUAUAAUGAAGCAAAAUCGUAUCAUGCUGUCGUCAUUAUUCAUGGAGUUCUUACUGGAAGUGAGAGCAUGGAACUCAUUAGCAACAGAAUUGAGGAGAUGCAUCCUGGAACUCCAGUGUACAACACUGUUAGAUUCGCAGGCUGGAGUAGUCUAAAACCAAUGUGGAAACAGGUAGAGGAAAUAGGCAUGGAUGUGCUUUCUAUAGGUGCUGCAUUUCCUGAGGGGAUUAAUUUAAUAGGUUAUAGUCAAGGAGGUUUAUUAGCUAGAGCUAUAUUGCAAAGAUUUCCUAUGCAUAAUGUUAGAAAUUUUAUUUCCUUAAGUUCACCGCAAGCGGGGCAAUACGGAACACGUUUUCUGCGUUUGAUUUUCCCAGAUUUAGCUUGUGAGACUGCUUAUGAACUCUUUUAUUCACGACUUGGACAAUACACCAGUGUUGGAAAUUAUUGGAAUGAUCCUCAUCAUCAAGAAUUUUAUUAUGAGUACAACAAGUUUCUACCAUAUGUGAACAAUGAAAUCAACAGUUUCAACAAUUCUGACUAUAAAAUAGGUUUAACUAAGUUGAAACAUAUGAUACUUAUUGGAGGACCGAACGAUGGCGUUAUCACUCCAUGGGAAAGCAGUCAUUUUGGAUAUUAUGACAAUAACAACACAGUGAUAGACAUGCGUGAUAGAAAUAUUUAUAAAUUUGAUACUAUUGGUUUAAAAACGUUAGAUAAACAAGGCAAGUUAAAGAUCAUCACAGUGCCUGGAAUUUCUCAUACUGAAUGGCAUAGAAAUAUUUCUAUAGUAGAUCAAUUUUUGUUACCAUACUUAGACUAAAUAAAAUAAAAUUUAAGUAAAAUAAAAUUGAAAA